AUGUGGCAGUUGGUGUUUCGCCAUGGCGCGCGGCUGCUGCUGGGCUCGACGGCCGUGGGCGCGGGCGGCGUGACGCUCGCGGCGCACUCGGACGAGGGCUUCAACCGCUCGCUGUACUUCUGGCGCAAGGCCUUCCCCAUCUACCUGCACUACCGCGCGGCGCAGCUCUACAUGGAGCACCUGCAGCUGAGCGACGAGGAGCAGAGCGUCGAGUACGAGAAGCUACACGACAAGUACGCGCCCGAGGUCUUCGACAUCGUGCUGGAGCUCAAGGGCUUCUACGUCAAGCUGGCCCAGACGGGCUCCACGCGGCCCGACGUGCUGCCCAAGCAGUACCUGGACCGGGCAGCCCAGCUGCAGGACGACGCGCCGUCCAAGCCCGUGAGCGAGAUCUGCGCCAUCAUCGAGCAGAGCUACGGCAAACCCGUGGGCCAGGUGUUCCGGGCCAUCGACCCCAAGCCGCUCGGGGCGGCCUCCAUCGGCCAAGCCCACCGGGCCGAGCUGCUGGACGGCCAGGAGGUGGCCGUCAAGGUGCAGCACCCGGACGCGGAGACCUUCUUCCGCUGGGACAUCAAGACCAUCCAGGACUUCUGCCGGUACUUCCAGCCGGCGCACCUGCCGUACCUCGUGGAGGUCGAGAAGCAGUUCAUGACCGAGUUCAACUACGUGGAAGAGGCCAAGAACCUGGCCACGGUGCGGAGCAACAUCUCCAAGAGCCCGUACGCCGCCAAGGUGGCCAUCCCGGAACCAAAGAUGGAGCUGUGCACCAAGGAAGUGCUGGUCAUGGAGUUCCUCAAAGGACGCAAGCUGCUGGAUGGGAUCCAGGACCACUUCGAGGCCAUCGCCGCGGACAAGGGCGUCACCGUGGAGUUUCUGAAGCAGGACCAGGAGCGCAAGGACAAGGAGCGCGAGGCCCAAGGACUGGACAUCGAGACCGGCCCGACGUCGCUCCAGCUCCGUUUGUAUGGCUUGACGCUCGGUGCGAAGCGCCUUGCGCGCCACAUCGGGAGGGCGUCCUACGACUACACGCUGGGGUUUAUCGCGCCGAAGAAGUGGGCGCCGCGGGAGGACGAGCAGCACCAGUUGCUGAACCUGCCAGACAUCUUGAAGCUCAUUAUGGACGUGCACGGGUACGAGAUUUUCGUGGAUGGAUCGUUUAACGGAGACCCCCAUCCGGGCAACAUCCUGCUGCUCGAGGACGGCCGUCUCGGCCUCAUCGAUUACGGCCAAGUGAAGCACAUUUCGCGAGAGCACCGAGUUCACCUGGCCAAGCUGGUUGUUGCACUUGCGGGUGGGUCGCGCGAUGAUAUUAUCGACGUACUGACGAAGGACAUGCGCAUCCGGACGACGAAUAUGGACCCGUACUUCCUGGAAAAGCAGGCUCGAUUGAUGAUCGACAACGACGAUCGAACCGUCACGGAAGGCAUGAACGCUCAACUUUUCGUCGAGCACUUACACACGUAA